AAAUUGCAUAGUACUAUAGUUGAACUCAAAUAGUUAACAUUAUGAGCAAACCUUUAGGAAGAAUAAUUAAAAUUUUAUAUGCUUUGAUAUUUGGGAUCUAUUUAUUAGAGAUUGGUACAGCAUAUUUCUUAACAACAAUUAAAUGUAUUAAAACACACUGCCCAAAACAUCCCACAAACUGUUAUGAAGCCACACGAAAUACAGGUAAAAGUGAUGUUUAUACGCUUGACAUAGAGGGCAAAUCCUUUCUAGCUUACUGUGAGGCAGAUGUCAACGGCGAUGGCUGGCUUGUGAUACAGCGUAGACAAGAUGGCACAAUAGAUUUUAAUCGUAAUUGGGCAAAUUAUCAAUCAGGUUUUGGGAAUAUUUACGGCGAGUUUUUCUUUGGUCUUAAUCAGUUACAUACAUUAACCAAUAAAACCCCACAUGAGCUCAUGAUUGUCACGCGACUAUUUGACUCCACUGUACUCCAUAUAAAAUAUGAUAACUUUUUGAUUGGUAGUGAGAUUGAAGGAUACAGCUUGAAAAAACUUGGUUUGUCUUCUGGAAAUGCUACAACUUUUCUAGGCUGGAAGGAAGGCUGGAAAUUUUGGACUAAGGAUAGGUAUAAUAAUUCUCCAUGCAAUGAACAUUUUAGUGCAGUUAUAAGUGGAGGAUGGUGGACUAAUUGUGAGAUCAUUUGGGACUUUUAUGUGAGAAAAGCGAAAUCAAUGGAUCUCUCACAAGUAUUUUACAACUUCGGCAUUACUAACUUAAAUGACAUUUACAAUGAUAAAGAGUACAUAAACGUGCCAGAUAAUUUCCAUUUUUUCGAUAAAAUGAAUAUUAGAUUUGUGCAGAUGAUGAUCCGUCCCACAGGAUUUUAAUCAACAACUGCGACUUUUUGUAAUACUAAUUUGUAAUAAAAAAUUUUAAUCAAAUAAAAAUUUUAAUAAAUAUAAAUAAACGUGAAUAAACAAUU